AUGGCUUCCAAAACAUUUAUCAGAGGGGUCAGCUCGUGUACCCGGUUCACGCCGCUAUGUGACAACUAUAACACUCUCCGGCAUAUCCAUUUUCCCGGAAUCACCUCUUUCGAACGGGGGCAAAGGAUCCAAAAUGCCAUGGUGAAUGCCAACCUCGACUUCAAGAAACUCGAAGGCAAGAUCAAAAAACAGAAGAGAGAUAUCGCAGCUCAGGGCAUGAAACUAAACGAGUACGAAGAAUCGCUACUCGACAAGAUCCUCGACAUGAAACCGUUUCCAACGUUGUUGACCUUCGAGUUCGAGAACGUUUACACCGGAGGCAAGAAAGUAAGGCAAGAUCCCAAUUUGGAUGCCAAAAUCAAGCAAUACGAGGAUUCCGGAUGUCGCUACCAUCAGCUUGAGCGUGGUGGCCAGGUGACCUGGCACGGACAGGGCCAGCUUGUGGCGUACGGUAUUCUUGAUCUCAAGCAAUUCCAGGACUUGACAGUGAGAUGCUACGUUGAUGCCGUGCUCUUGAAAUCGGUUCAGAACCUUCUUGAAAAGAAUUACUCGGUGCCCAAUUUCAUCAACGAAAAUCCAGGAGUUUGGACAAACCAGAACCAAAAAAUUGCCUCGGUUGGAUGCAACAUACAACGAGCAAUUACCAGCUAUGGUAUUGGGUUGAACGUUGGCCCCGACCUCAAGUACUUAAAUGCGUUUGAGAUGUGUGGAUUGCCUGAAGCUCGCGCUACUUCCAUUAAAGAAUUGACCAACCAAGACGUCAGUGUCAAGGAAGCUGCGGACCAGUAUGCCAAAGAAUUUGCCCGGUUGUUGAAUAUUACCACCGUGGAACAUAUGAGUGGAGAAGACUUGAACAUAGAAUAA